AUGGAUUCGGAAGAAAUGUGCCUUGUCUGUCAAGAUGUCUCCAGUGGCUAUCAUUACGGAGUUCCUUCUUGCAACGGAUGGUGAGUCCUUAUAUGUGAGUUUUCUUAAAUAAAGAGUACGAAAGUUCUUUUCUGAACUGCAUAAUGUUUAAAAUAUUAUAAAUGUACCAAAUGAUUGCAGCAAAACGUUCUUUCGACGAACAAUAAUGAAGAAGCAGUUGUUCAUCUGCCAACACGAAAAGAACUGUCCCGUCGACAAGAGUAUCCGAUGCGCGUGCAGAUUCUGCCGAUUCGAGAAGUGUCUCCAAGUGGGAAUGGAUCGGUCGGCUCUUCAAGCAUCGAGAGACCGUAUCGGCUACACGAAACGGAACCGAAAAUCAAAAGUGCAAGAGAUUUCACCGGGCAGUUCGAGUGAAAUGUCACCCGGAGAAUGCUGCCUUCCCUCGCCAGUCUCUCCCGCAAAACCGCUCGAAACCUACUGGAGUUACGUGGCGAACAGAGAAAAAGUGUUAGUGAAAUCAACCAGAAGUGCUGCUUACAAAAUAUGUAUGAAUUCAGGUGCAACGAUAUGCGUCUCUCGGAUUAUUUGCCAAAAAGAAGUUUCCGAGAGGCGCUGUGUUCGAAAUCCCUUCUGAACGAUCCGAUAUUCAUGAACAAGUACGCAGUGCCCGUGAGUUUAUUUCUCAAAAGAUUGAAAAACCAAUGUUAAAUGACAACAGAGCCCCAAACACACUUUCACGGAGCUCCGAUUCAUCACUCAGGCAGACUAUCAUUAUUGGCACGAGAGAGAAUGGUUCGUGCUCACGGAAUACGCGAAGACGUUCAAAGUCUUUGAAUUACUGUCCUACGCAGAUAAAGUAGGUCAAGACUGAAAAAAACUGUAUUUCACUUGCAAUCAUUGUUUUUGUAGGCCGAACUAGUCCGUCACGCAGCAAUCGUGCUCCCCGCUCUCAAUCAGGCGUACCAUUCUCCGGACUAUGGUCCAGAUACUGUGGUUUUUCCGGAUGGAACUUAUUACGAUCGGACGCAUGAGCCGACAAGACCUGCCGGACUCAACAGGAAAAAGUACCAAGUACUCGAUUUGGUGCUCAAGCCAUUCCGAGAGAUCGACAUCAAUUUCAACGAGUUCGCAGCAUUCAAAGCGAUCACUUUCCUGAACCCAGGUAACAUUUUUUCUGUAGGACACAAUGAGAGUCAUUUAACCGUUUAGAUGCUGAUGUUUCGCCUUCUGCAAAACUGGCAAUCAACGAGGAAAGGAUCGGUGUUACGAAACAGUUGUACGACUAUAUGAUGAGAAAAGAUAAAGUGGAGAAGGCGGUGAAAAGGUAGUCCAGAGGCCGAAAUAGCCAAAGAAAGGAACGGAGAUUUUCAGAUUCAGUCGGCUGAUUCUGAUGGGAACGUCAAUGUCAAAAUGGCUUGCGAGUCGAAGGAAGCCGUUUGGAUUGCCGAUUUCUUCGAAAACAUCGGAUACACCAGUUUCGCAAAAGAACUGUUUUUCGGGGAUACCAGUAAUUGAUAUGUAAUUUGAUUAACUUACUCGAUCUCAUGAUGAUACGUAUUGUGAAUAAACCGUUUGACGCUGUGUAGUCUGUGUAGUCAAGCACUAAUAUUUACGUUUAUCAACUGCAAGAAUCCAUCCAAAAGCCAUUUAUCCCGAAAAUCGUGUCCAUAACUAUUGAUCUCUCUUAUUAGUUUUUCAAAAAGUAUAAAAGAAACCAGAAGAUUUGUUCAUCUUAUUGAUUUCUCGGGAGAUACGGACCCAAAAUGCACCGGUGUUUGGUUCGCUGUGCCCCGGGAGAGAUAAGGAACACGUGCGCCCGUCUGCGUUUCUCCGACGGGAGAACAUGAUCACAGUUCACUUUUUGGUCACUGAAUUCCCUCGUCCGGGCACAUGUGUCAAACACGCCUUUUCAGUGUAUCAGGCAUAUUCCUCCGUGCUUAUUGACUAUUAACUCUUUGAUUUCUUCUAAUUCCAGCCUCCAUUUUAGUCGAGGCAGCUGAUAGCAGUUCUGCAUCAUCGAAACGAUUCGUUUCUAUCUUUGUAGUCUUUCUUUUUAACGUAGUCAACACAAAAUUCUUUCUUUUUUGCAGUUUCAUGGAAAACGAGACGCUCUGUUUUGUAUGUCAAGAUUAUUCAAGUGGAUACCACUACGGAGUGCCUUCGUGCAAUGGCUGGUACGUAUUGAUUUUUGAGGAAACUGUGUAAUAAGGUUAUUCUAUUCAGUAAAACGUUUUUCCGUCGAACUGUCAUGAAAAAGCAGAAGUUUGUGUGUCAAUUCGAUCAGAAUUGUCCCGUCGACAAGAGCAUCCGAUGUGCGUGCCGCUUUUGCCGAUUCGAGAAGUGUCUCCAAGUGGGAAUGGACAAAUCGGCUCUGCAGGCAUCGAGAGAUCCCAUCGGCUACACGAAAAGAACGAAAAAGACGGAAAGACGGCCGAGGAAAGAGAUUCGAAGUGAUGAAUCGGGAGAAAGCUCUCCAGACAGACAAGAUUCACCCUCAAGAUCAUUUGAGAACUACCUUAGUUUGCUGGCGUCCCGGGAGAAAUCGUAAGUUUUUCCCAAAAGCUUCUAGCAUUCUUACAAAUCAUCAUUUCAGAGCGAACGAACUCCGCCUCUCUUCGUACCUGCCGAAAAGAAGUCUCAAACAGGCUCUUUGCUCGAAACCUCUUCUCAAUGAUUCGAUUUUCAUGGCAAAACAUGCAACUGUGGUACGUGUUCAGGUUGAACUUUCGUUCAUAGUUCCACUUUCCAAACUUCAGAGUCCUCGACACUCUUACACGGAACUCCGUUUCAUUACUCAAGACGAUUAUCAUUAUUGGCACGAACGGGACUGGUUUGUGCUCACGGAGUACGCGAAGACGUUCAAAGUCUUCACUUCACUUUCAUAUCACGACAAGGUACCGACAAUAUAUCUCGGGCGGUCCCUCGCAUAUUUCAUUUCAAUUCAGACUGAACUCGUUCGCCACGCAGCGAUUGUUAUCCCAGUCCUCAAUCAGGUUUACAAUUCUCCAGACCACGGACUUGAUACUGUCGUCUUUCCGGAUGGAACCUAUUACGAUCGGACGCAUGAGCCGACAAGACCUGCCGGACUCAACAGGAAAAAGUACCAAGUACUCGAUUUGGUGCUCAAGCCAUUCCGAGAAAUGGAAAUUAACUUCUACGAGUUCGCGGCGUUCAAAGCGAUCACUUUCCUGAAUCCAGGUAACUCUGAUAUCCUGUCAUUCCACUGUUUUUGUGUUUUUUUCGUCAGAUGCGGACAUUUCACUGGAAGCGAAACAGGCAAUUAACGACGAAAGAGUGCUCAUCACGAAACAAUUGUACGCCUAUAUGCUGAAGAAGGACGGACUGGAGAAGGCCAUUUACAGGUAACAGACGAGAGAGUCACACCGAAAACAUUCUGUCUCAAGGUUCGGUCGACUGAUUCUGAUGGGAACGUCAAUGUCGAAGAUGGCAUGUGAGUCGAAAGAAGCUGUUUGGAUUGCCGAUUUCUUCGAAAACAUCGGCUUCACUUCUUUCGCAAAGGAGAUGUUUUUCGGAGAAAGUUUAGAGAAUUAG